AUUAGCCCCCAAUGGCUGGGCUGACCCAACCUCUGAGCCCUGAUACUUCGUUUGGGUUUAGCAGGGUUCGGAAACCCGAGUAUUGUGAUUUGUUCAACCAGGUUGCAGUUUGACCAAUGGUGUUGGCAUGAUGUGUGAAGGCAGGGAGAUACCUCCACCGCAAGAGGAGCGGUUAAAGGGGGUGGGAAAUUGCAGAUAAACAAGUAAGGUUGGGUCUUUAUCUGGGGUCUUGGGGGUCCCAGUGUGCACAGCACCAGCUUUUCCUCCAGUUCUGUGAGUCCUGAAACUGGAUCAGGCUGAGGUUCCUGUUGGUCAGACCUGUUGUUUCUUUUUCUCCUUCUCCUUCAUUCCUCCUUUUCUUUCUCCUCCACCUACUCUUUUUCCUUCUCCAUCCCUCCUUCUCUUUCUAUUUGGUCAAUCCACAGCGCUCUGGAGCGUUAAAAGUAACUUUAUUCCAGCCUUUCAAUCUGGCGCUUUUGACGUAUGUUGGACAAUACAAACGAGUUGGAAGAAACUGGAAACUUUAUGUACCUUUGUUUGUCUGAUACAACAUUAUGAGUCAGAGCUGGGUGUGAGGCAGAAACAGGAAACUGCUUAGUCACCCACAAGGUCCCAUAUCCUGACUUUAUUCUCGUGUUUUCUGGCACUUUCCAGAAUAACAGAGUUGGAAGGGACUUUGGAGGCCAUCUAGUCCAACUCUCUGCUCAUGUUAUGUUGGACUUCAGACAUGCCACAGAAUUAGGCCACAAAUUUGGGGAUAACAACACCACCAUCAACAACAACAAUCUAUUAAACUUGUAUGCCACCUAACUCUAAAUUACUCGGGUCAGCCGACAAGAAUCAAAGUCAUUACCAAAAAAUAAAAUCAAUCAAAUAUUUCAAAACAAAUAAAUAAAAAUCUGGAACUCUGGAGAGCAAUAAUAGUUACUAUUAAUAACAAAGCUAAAAAGAGGUUAUUUCUAUAUUGUUUGUGUUUUAUCUAUUCUUAUUGCUAACCACCUAAAAUGAUAUAUGUGAGAUGGGCAGAAAUAUAAUUUGAAUUUAUUUUUUUCCCAGCCACCUAGAGUGGCUACAUGUUGAUUUAUUAUUAUUAUCAUUAUGGGUGAGAAAAAGCAAGCAAGGGCUGCUUUUUUCACGGCCCUUGAUCCAGGCGAUAGCCAAACACGGGUUUGCCCCGCGGGUCGUGUGCAAGGGCUCGAGUUCAAAUCCCGCAAAAAGCGGGUCAGCCCCGGCCAGAAGAAACGCUGACUCACGCUUAGAGAGCCAGGAGGCGGGACGCCCUGAUUCAGCGAAAAACCCAAAGCCGGGUUUCCCGUGAUUGGUCGGGGCGCUGGUGACGUUGACAAAGUCUGUUCUGAUUCGGCAACCGGGAGGCGGAAGUAAACUAUGAAUCGGCGAAAUUGCGCUGAGCUACAUAAAGCGUCGGAGCGCUUGGCGGGUUGUGUUUUUGUGUUAGUCUACACAGGCCUUUGUGUUUUUAUCGCAGAUCCUGCGGGGUCUCUAUCCUGCCCGCCACGUUGGAGAGAACCGACACGGGAGUGCAUUCCCACAGCUUGCUAAACUCAGUGCGAGUGUGUGGCUAAAUUCUGGGAAGUGGGCUUCUAAAGAAAUGGAAUUCCCAGACCUGGGACAACACUGCUGCGAGAAGACCUGCAGACGGCUGGAUUUUCUUCCUCUGAAAUGUGAUGCCUGCAAGGAGCUUUUCUGCAAAGACCACAUUGUCUACAGGCGACACAAGUGUUCUUCAGCGUAUAAGAAGGAUGUACAGGUUCCAGUCUGCCCUCUUUGCAACACUCUGGUCCCUGUCAGAAAGGGAGAGAUGCCCGAUGUAGCUGUGGGCGCCCAUAUGGAUCGGGACUGUCAAAAGGAUUCAGCCCAGCAGAAGCAGAAAAUCUUCACCAACGAAUGCUUCAAAGGAGGCUAGAAAGAGAUGAUGCGGCUGGUUUGUGACCAGUGUCACCAGAACUUUUGUCUUCGUCAUCGGCAUCCUUCAGACCACAACUGCCCGGGAUGGAUUUCACCUGUCUCCAAAGCUGGGUGUGCAGCUAUAAUGAGAUCCCUGCAGUCCAGGAAUAAUUCUCCCAACUGUCCUUUUCUACAAAAUGAAUGCAAAGCAAAAAGUUGAUGUCUACAGCUGGGAACUAAACCUACGUGAAGCCUGUCAUAUUGCUGCCCCCUCUUUAGCUUUUAAAAAUCUAUUGUACCCUUUUGCACAUUUUCUGAUUAAAUGGAUUCCUUACA